CACAGCUAUGGCCGCGUCUAUAGGAUGGGCCCCGAAGUUUGCCCUAAUAGUCACCUGGAAGAACAUGACAUUCGCUAACCGUAGACGGGAACGGGAGCUCAAGACAAACACAUACCAAAUGGUUUUAGCCACCGAUGAGAUGGUGACAUUUGUGAUGUUUAACUACGAGUACAUAUCGUGGAUAACACACCUGGACAACUAUGCCGGCCUUAACGGACCGCCAGCUUUU